CCGUAUGUGAACAACGUGGCAUAGCUGCGUUUGUUUGAUAGUUGGCGGCUAGAUGGAGCGCUUGAGAAUACUGAUUUUGUUAACUAUAGCUACAACAGCGUUCGGCAUUUCAUUUCAGCUACCUGUAGGAGUCAAGAAGUGUCUACGAGAGGAAGUUCAUCGAGAUGUUCUAGUUGUAGGCGAAUAUCACUUAUCUGACGCGCCUAUGCAGCAAACGAAUUUAGAAGUUCGCGAUUCUGAGAAUCAUAUUCUUUACAAGAAAGAGGAUGCUUCCAAAGGUAAAUUCGCGUUUACUACGGACAACUACGACAUGUUUGAAGUGUGUUUGGAGAGUCGAAUGACUGGUGACGGCCAUGGGUAUGGAGCUGAAAGAGAAGCUACUGUUACGUUGAAGCAUGGAGUAGAAGCAAAGAACUAUGCAGAGUUGGGGAAAGCUGAAAAGCUCAAGCCACUAGAAAUAGAAUUGAGAAAAUUAGAGGAUCUAUCAGAGUCUAUUGUGAAAGACUUUGCAUACAUGCGAUCAAGAGAAGAAGAAAUGCGAGAUACUAAUGAGUCAACGAACACCCGAGUGCUGUACUUUAGUAUCUUCUCUAUGGUUUGUUUAUUGGGAUUGGCUGUGUGGCAAGUCUUCUACCUGAGACGGUAUUUCAAAGCCAAGAAACUAAUUGAAUAAACAGAAUGAUCGAUGGAUGACCUGUCUAUUGUCAUUGCCACUCUGACUGCAUAAUUUUUAAGUAGGUGGUUGUAAACCUCAUCUACUGUGUAACAGUCAGUGUUGUGAAUAUGUCAACUACAGUAGUCUACUGGCAGGUCCUAGUCGUAGAUAGUUGUAUCUGAAAUAACCUUUGACAUGUUUCAAGUAAAAUGUGUGCAACAUGCAUGCACAUACACGUGUUCUUCGAAGUAACUGAGAUGUAGUCUGUUUGAUGUAGUUUGUCAUCUGGGUAGGGACGUCAAUUACUGGGGCUAUUUAUAUCUGUGUGUGUGGUUCAUUACAUUUGUGC